UCUUUCCAGGGAUUCCUGAGGCUGGAAGGAAUAUGACCCUGCAAUGCUCUGUCCAAGAGGGGAACCUGGUCCAGUACAGCUGGUACAGAUGUGAGCAACCUCUGGCUAACGGAGUCAACUAUCGACUGUCACACAACAACAGCACUUUGACUCUGCUAAAGACACAGGGAACCGAUGUUGGCACUUACAGGUGUAAGGUGACAAACCGAAUCAGCAGCAAGCACACAGACUUUGUCCUGCAGCUCUGCUCAGGAGCAAAACCAGUCACCACACACUAUGGAUAUAUUGGUUAUGGAGGGUAUCCUGGGUACAUUGGUUACAUAAUCAUCAUUCUCUUCUGUUACCGCUGCAAGACACGAGCAGUGAAAGCCCCUGAGGAGAGAGACGUAAUUUAUGAAAACAGCCAUGUAAAGCAAAAGCUCUCUCUAACUGCUUCAGCUGAGCCGAAGGUUCUGUGGAAGACACAGAUGAGCAAUAGAAGGGGAAGAUAAUGCUGGGUUUUCUGCAAAGUGCAGCACCUCUCACCGUGACCUGGCCUUGCAGCUUUUACUGCUAACCCGCUUUAUUCAGCCUGUUUUAGGGAGUGUAUUUACGUAACUUUCAUCAUCACUUGGAGACACUCGUGGUUUAGUUCCGCUCAGUUCCAAGUAUUGUGACCAAAGUUACUGGUUGAGUUGUUAACAGUAGCAGAGUAACUUCUGUUCAGAUCCAUUAUCCAGACUGUUACAAUUAACACAAGGUGGCUUAGAAACUUUUGACAAAACAAAAUCUUGAAGAACAAAAGAAUUGCUGGAUAAACCUCUCCUGGGUCCCAACUGUCACAAUAUUUGAUGGCAUGUUUAUGUUACAGAGCCGUAUUACUCACACUAAUGUGUAGCACCUCUGACACCAAUUCGAUAUAACUAGAGCAUGAUUUAUUACCCCCACAUGUUUGUAGCACCUCCAUAUAAAGGCCAGUAUUCCAUCAGCCUCUUUGAUUAUUCAGCGUGCCUUUUUGUAACAUCUUACUGGUUUAUGUAGCUGGAAACCAAGUCCAUUGUUUCUAGCUUUUUAUAAAGAGUCAUAUUGUCACAGAAUGGUUAAAACAGAGGAGAAGCACUUCCAGUCCAUCGUCCUUGUGCUGACUCCCUGCAGAAGCAACUCAACUAGUUUCAUACAAACAUAUGAACCAGGAGCAGGAGUAGGCCAUUUGGCCCCUAGAGCCUGCUCUACCAU